AUGUUUUUCUUAACAACAUCAGGAAAAUAAUACAAAACAAUCUCCUUAUUCUCGAUGACUAACAUUUCUGAUGACACGUAUCACCUUCAAACAACAAACAACAAUAAUAAUACUGAAGUUUCUUCCCAUUCGCGCCAUUCAACAGUCAAAGUGUCGAAUCAUCAACCAUCUCGCAAAACGUCUGUUCACGACGUCCAAGAAGCUACCAGAGAAGAUUUAAGCAAGAUCGUAGGAGAAAUUCAUGAAGAUCUUGGUCGCCUAAAUGGCUUAUUAGAAACGAUGACUGCUGCUGCUUCUGUACGAGAUGACUUUAGUAAAAUAAAGCUACAAUUAGUUGUUAAAAUUACCGAUUUCAUAUAUAAAUUAACAAAUGAUAAUGGGAGAAGGUCAUCUAAUGGUUUUAAAAGCAACCCAACAAAUUUAACCUAUAAUCCUCAACAAUUUGCCUAUUGUAUCGAAUAUUUUCGAAAUCAACUUGUAAAAGCUCAAUAUUUAUUUUCUUCUCUGACUUUAUCUGCUUCGAUUGGCUCAUCUACUCUUGAGAAUAUUAUUGUCAAAUCACUUUCCACAAUAGAUCUUCAACAAACAACGUCUAAUCCACAAGAUGCACAAAACAAUGAAGAUGUCAACGAAAUAAAAAGAGAUAUUUCCACCUUAGAAGAACAUGUACAUGUACUUAAUCAACGCUAUUCCAAUCAAGUUCCAGGGUGGCAAACAUUAGAUGAUGUCGCAGGAGGAGCAACGACGGCAACGACAGGAGGAGACAAACUGCCUGUUAGUGAUAUUGGAUUAAAUGUGCAAAGGCUUGGAGUCACCCCAGUUACUCAGAAACUUUCAACAACAUCAUCAACAACGUCGAUUGAACGUUCAAGCUUUUGUGCGCGACUGUAUCAAAAAUGUCAAGUGGUUUGUUGUAUAUGCACACCACAUUAUUUGUAA